GGAUGUUUUCGUGCGAAUUUGUCUGUUUUGUCGGGCUCUUUUUGCGCGUCACACGUACGAUUUUAUGUAUUUGUGCGACCCAGGAUGUUACCUUUAAUAAAUGGCCCCGCUCUCAAGAAGCGGGAGUUUUGCACAGCCGCGGAAGAGAAGAGGUCUCCUAAAGGUCCGACUUGCAGCUCUGAGAGCAGAAACGCUUCCGCCGCGGAGGAGCUCGGGUGCGAAGAACACGUGGAGCCAAACGGAGCGGCUGCGCGUAAAGUUUGCCGAGUCCGCUGCGCAACUGCGCGUCGAUCCAAAAAGGCUCGAUCCCGAGGGAAGCAGGAGACUCUGCACACCAAGGUGAGGGUGAACCGCAGGAUGAAGGCGAACGACAGGGAGAGGAACCGCAUGCACAACCUGAACUCGGCCCUUGACGCGCUGAGAAGCGUCCUGCCCUCCCUUCCCGACGACGCAAAACUGACCAAGAUCGAAACGCUGCGCUUUGCGCACAACUACAUCUGGGCCUUGAGCGAGACCCUGAGAAUGGAGGAGCACUGGGGCCACCAGGAGAUGAUGAGAGCGUGUUUCCACCUUCACGGCGCUUUGGAUGCCGAGUGUCAAUGUCCCCCCACCUUCUGGACACUUGACUGGGACCCUGAGCCAUUCUGGUCGCAGUCAUUGGACGCAAAGGGUCCACUUGGGGGAGGAACUAUCCAGCCUGCAGAGCCAUGGCUCUGACUGCGUGAAUGAAUUCAGCAUUUCUCCCGUGCCCUCUUACUUCUU